AUGGAUUCACAAUUUUCAAGUAAAUUUCCAAAGGAAGAGAUGGUCAAUAGACGCAUAAAAAAUCACGAAGUGGGAGAGAUUGAUACCAGGGCACCUUUCCAAUCUGUCAAAGCUGCUGUUAGUCUAUUUCGUGAAGUAGCCGUCUCUAGGGAGAAACCUGCCGUCAAAAAGUCUAAACUUUCUUCAGAGAAUGUAUUGGCCAAGGAGACGCAACUGCUAUUGGCACAAAGAGAACUAUGCAAGAUUAAACAGCAACUAGGGAGUUCAGAGACUACAAAAGCUCGGGCACUUGCUGAGCUCGAAAAGGCAAAGAGAACACUGCAAGAUUUAACCACCAAGCUCAAAACUGUAAAUGAGUCCAAGGAAUUAGUAAUUGAAGCUGCAGAGUCUGUCAAGAAUCAAUCUAAGAAACUGGAAGCAGAAAAAUCGAGAAAUGUGGAUGGAUGUGAAGAUUGGAAAGAAGAAGUGGAGCAUGCAAGAAAGAUGUACAUGGCCACCGUUACUAAGCUUGAUGCUGCAAAGCAAGAGCUAACAAAAAUUCGGCAAGACUUUGAUGCGGCCUUGGAAGCAAAGCUGGCUGCAUUCCAACAGGCAGCAGAAGCUCAGCGUUCAGCAAAUAUUAACACAGAAAAGGUCAGUGAGCUUUCCAAAGAAAUUGCAGCUAUGCGGUCAUCAACUGAGCAUCUAAAGCUUGCUACUUUACAAGCCCAACAAGAACAGGGAAAGAUGGCGGCGGAGAAAGAUGCAUGCCUGCAAUCAUAUAAAUCCAAAAAGGAAGAAGCAGAGAAAAAAUUGCUCUCCAUGAAAGAAGAGGUUGACCUUGAAUCAACUAGAAAUUUAGAGGCCAUGUUGGCAGAAACAAGUGCGGAGAUUGACGUUCUACAAGAGGAGAUGAAGAAGGCACAUGCUUAUGGAAUGGAUAAUGUGAGAGUCGUAACCUCGAAACUCGGUGAAGCCACAAAAACACUGCAGGAAGUAGCGAAAGAAGAAAGCUCUCUUCGAAGCUCAGUGAGUUCCCUUGGGCUUGAACUGGAUGAUGUGAAGAAAGAGCAAGCUGAAUGCCAGGCAAAGGCAGAAGUUGAAGAAAAAGAAUUACUAUCAAAAGCCGAAGAGAUGAAGAGGAAUGCUAAUGAGCUUAAGCAAGAAGCUGAAGCUACCCGAAUUGCGUCAGGGGAAGCAGAGAAAAAGCUAGAACUUGUCCUAAAAGAGGCUGAGGAAGCAAAAGCGGCAGAGCAAAGGGCCCUUUCUGAGAUGAAGAUUUUUUCUGAGAAACAGGGCGCUUCAAAUUCACAGCCAGGCACCUACAUCAAAUUGACUGUAGAGGAGUUUGAGUCCUUGAACAGGAAAGUCAAGGAGUAUCAAAAUUUGGCUGAAAAUAAAGAGGAAGCUGCCAUGGCUCACUUAGAAGCAAUUGAUGCAAUUACAAGUCAAGCAGAUAGAAAGUUGGAGGCCAAUUUGAAAGCAAUCGAGGAAAUCAAGGUUGCAACUGAGUUGGCCCUGAAAAGAGCAGACAUGGCAGACUCAGCAAGAACAGUGGUUGAGGGAGAACUCCGGAGGUGGCGACAAGAACAAAAGGGGGGAUCUGACGCUGCUUCUACAAUUAUAGAGCAUUGA